GAGGCACAUUGCCCAAAACAACAAACCAAAUUGGGUAGGUUAUCGCACGACGAAGUAGGUGCGAGGGCGACGAAUUUACGCAAAAAUAGGGAAAAUGGGCAAAAAUUAUUGAAGUCGCCACCUUUUACUGGAUCGAAUGAAUUGUUGGAGGUUACUAGCCGAAUCGAAGAUAAGGCUAAAGGCAUGGAUUUGAUCAAACCAAAUCGGGAGAAGCCCGGAGUUGAUCGGAUUGGCAUCGAAUGA